AUGGCGACGGCCCGCGCCAGGCCCGGGUACCACCACCUGCUGCCCCGCGGCGCUCACAGCUGGAGCUCGCGCAUGCGCACCGACACUCAGACCAUUUGCGACCCGGUCCCGUGCCACGAGGAAGAAGAGGACGAGGAAGUGGAGGACCAGGACGACGACGACGAAGACAGCGACGAGGAAGAGGAUGAAGACGACGAGGUCGUGGACGAGGAAGUGAAUGUCGACUUUGAAGCUUAUUCCAUCUCGGACAACGAUUAUGACGGGAUUAAGAAACUACUGCAGCAGCUUUUCCUCAAGGCACCUGUCAACACUGCAGAACUGACGAAUCUCUUAAUUCAGCAGAACCACAUCGGGAGUGUGAUUAAGCAAACGGAUGCUUCAGAAGAUAGUGAUGACGAUGUGGACGAAGAUGAGAUUUUUGGUUUCAUAAGUCUUCUCAAUUUAACUGAACGAAAGGGGACCCAGUGUGCGGAGCAGAUUAAGGAGCUGACCCUGAGCGGCUGCGCGAAGAGCUGUGAGAAGAGCGUGGUCGAGCAGCUGGACAAGCUCUUCAAUGACCCCGCCCGGCCCAACAAUCGAAGUGCAGAAGGCAGAGCUGAAGCUCACUGCUGGGCAAGUGUCAGACCUGCGUCUGCGCGGGAAGCCGAGUCCCAGCAGGAGCCCUGCCCCGCCUCCCUGCUUCCCAGGGCCUGGGUGUGGCUGGGCUGGUGUCACCGGCCGGCAGCUGACCUGUGUGUGUCUUGUAGGAAGGAACUGGCCGAGGCACACAAGACCAACAAGCCGUGCGGGAAGUGUCACUUCUACCUUCUGAUCAGCAAGACGUUUGCGGAAGCAGGAAAAGGCAAUUCCCAAAAGAAGCAGAGCAGCCAAAAGAAGGAUGAGUUAAUGUUUGCGAAUGCAGAGGAAGAAUUCUUCUAUGAGAAGGCCGUCCUGACGUUCAGCUACUCAGUGCAGGAGGAGAGCGACUCGUGUCUGGGCGGCAGGUGGUCCUUCGACGACGUCCCGAUGAAGCCCCUGCGCACCGUCAUGCUGGUCCCGUGUGACAGGAUGGGCGAGAUCAUGGCGGCGCUGGAGGAACAUCUGUCUGUCUAGCCGCUUCCCACCGAGAGGGCGUGCUGUGUUUGUAAAAUCACCAGAAAACCCAGUGGAGUUUUACUGAAAAACUCGAGACUUUAUUUAGCUUUAGCUUCUCUACACAAAGUAGGGUUCUGUCGCCUGUGUCUGUGACACAUUUACAAAAUAGUGUUUAAAAAAUUUUUGGUCAAAUUAUGAACGUUUGAUUAAAAACCUUCCCCAUAAGAAGAAAAACGUGGAGCAGUUAUUGAAAGAACUCAAUAAAAACGUCUAUGUUUUAUUUUUAAAUAA